CUGACAAAAACACACAAGCAAACAUAUACAAAAAAUUAAAAUUGAUGAGCGAACCGUUCCGGGGAUUGCCGCAAAGCGUGCGCAGUUAUUAUCUACAGUUAUUUGGAGCCGCACUUGUUUCCAUACUAAUCUCCGUGCUGUUGCUCCAUCUCGUUGGCCAGCUGCAUGAUGUCGUCGUCAAAGACGAGGAUUGCUGCAUUGCCGCCAUGGUACUGUUUGUGCUCGGUUUAACUACAUUGUGCAUCUAUGUCAAUGUAAUUCAACUGCGACGCAAGUUUCCAGUGAACUGGAUUAUUUGCUGUUCGAUUGCCCUGCUGCUUGCCUUGGGCAAUUCCUUUCUGCUCGCCCAGCAAGACUCCGAAAACCUUCUACUGACUCUGGAGGUCCUUUCGCUGAUGUGCCUCUUCCUGCUGCUCGGCUACUGGCUGCCGGCCCAUUGUCCGCCCCUAAUCUAUAUCGGCUUGACGUCGCUAAUUGUCUUGGUGCUUGUGUGCAUAAUAUUGUCCAUAAUAUCACAUCUAUCCGAGGAUGACAAUACUGUCGCCGUUCACAUGGUUCAUGGCGUAAUGUGGGUCUGCAUGUGUCCAAUGCUCGUCUUCCAGUCCCAAGUGAUCAAUGGGCAUCUGCAGAAUGUGCUGCCAGUUUUGGACAUUCCACUCUGCUCGUUGCUCCUGCUGAUCGACUUUAUGGCCUGCUAUGCAUUCGUCGAAGCAGCCGAUGACAUUAUAAUGGCAGUUCAACUGGUCUCUUCUGAUAACAGGAGAAUCAUAUACGAUGGCAUAGCCAAUAUGCUGGAAGAGAAGCUAUAGUUCUCUAACUCGAAUAGAAUUCAAUAUUGUUUUAUGAGCCUUAUUUUAUAUUAAAAUUUUAAUAGUACAAGGACUUUUCUCAAA